AUGGAUAUUCAAACUUAAUAAUUGAAUGUAUAAGUGGCAGUGAGAGUGAGACCUUUAAACAACAAGGAACUAAAUGUUAAGGAUGAAUGUUGUUUGAAGACUGAAGAAAAUAGAGUAUAAAUUACUAUAAAUAUAGAUAAUUUUGCCAUAAAGUGGAAAAAUCUUUACUUUUGACCAUGUAUUCAAUUAGGAUUCCAAUUAAGACGAGAUUUUUGUUUGGUAAGAUGUAGUUUUUCUAAAUUUAGUUGUGUAACCAAUUUAAUUUUAAGAUGCUUUGAGGGAUAUAAUAGUACAAUAUUGGCAUAUGGCCAAACUGGUUCUGGGAAAACCUUUACAAUGGGAACAUCAGGUUUGGAUCAAUAUUCUGGUUUAAUAUUGUGAUUAAUGCAUAGACUAAAAUGAAUGGGGAAUGAUACCAAGAGCAGUAUAUUUUUUAUUUGAUGAAGUGGAGAAAAGAAAAUAAGAAUAGGACAUAAUUAUUACAUGUUCAUACGUAGAAUUAUAUAAUGAAUAAAUUAUUGAUUUGUUAAAUGAAUCAACAAUGAAAUCAAAUUUAUAACCAACAAUAAGAGAAGAAAAGGAUCAUACAAUUUCAAUUCAAAAUUUGACAACAAUAGCAGUAAUCAAUCCAUAAGAUAUGCUUCAAAUAUUAAAUAGAGGAGGAACACAUAGAACAACAGCAGCAACUUAAAUGAAUUUAAAUAGUUCAAGAUCUCAUGCAAUAUUUACAAUUUAUUUUGAAAUAAAUAGGGAAUCUGAGGAAGGAUCUUUGAAUGCCAAAUUUCAUUUUGUUGAUCUAGCAGGUAGUGAGAGAUUAAAAAAGACAAUGGCAAUAGGUAAGCAGAUGGAGGAAGGAAUCAAUAUUAAUUAAAGUCUUUUAGUUUUAGGAAAUGUAAUUAAAACAUUAAGUGAUUAAAAGAAAUCAGCACAUGUUCCAUAUAGAGAGAGUAAAUUAACAAGGUAUUUAUAGAUCUAAAUUAAUAAUAUAGAAUUCUUUAAGAUUCUUUGGGUGGUAAUUCGAAUACUUAUAUGAUAGCAUGUAUUUCACCAUCAGCAAGUAAUUAUGAAGAGACAAUUAAUACUUUGAAAUAUGCAAGUAGAGCAAGAGAAAUUAAGAAUAAGCCUACUCAAAACAGAGUAAUUUAUAUAUACAUAUAUUAAGGAUCCUCAUGCUGCUUAAAUAUUGGCUUUAAAGCAAUAAAUAUUUGGUUUAUAGGGUCAAAUUAAAUAAUAUGCUUAAAUACUUUAAGAUAAUAAUAUAAAUACAGAUUCUGUUUAAUCUAUGACUGAUUAAAUAUAUGAAUCAAUUUCUCCAAGUUCUGGACCUUAAUAGAAUUGUAUAGAACAUGGAGAAACUAUUCUUAAAUUAAAAAAUUAAAAUUUUCAAUUAGAAAAACAAUUAAAUAAUUUAUAAAGAGAAUUAUAGAAUUCAUAAAAAGGAUUAAGUGAAAGUAUACUUGAAUGUUAUAAAGUAAAGAAAUAAAGAGAUUAAAUUAUGAAAUAAUUUUAAGAUGCAAAGAAGUAAUUAUUUAUUUUAUUUUUAGAAUUUUAUAAAAAUACAAUAUCUAAUAUAAUUUUAAUGAGGAUUAAUAAAUGGAUACUUAUUAUAAUGAAAUAGCUAGUUUAAAGAAGAUUGUCUAAGAAUAUGAAUAAAAAAUAUUCAUUUUAUAAUCUAAUAAUGAUUAACUAUUAAAAGUAAUGUAAUUAGAUACAUAACUUAGUAUAGGAAGCACGCAGAGAUCAAAAAUUAUUGAGAUAAAAGCAACAUGAAUUGAUGAGAUUAGAGAAACGAAAAUAAGAUGUUGAUUAAAUAGAUGAUGAUUUUGAAUUGGAUGAUUCUGAAAUAAUAUAAAAAGAUCUAUAAAUUGAAGAAUAGGAAUAUUAACUUUAAGAAUUGGAUAAAAUUAAGAUAGAGACAAUAUAAUUAUUAUAGGAUGAUAAACAAAAUUAUUUAAAAUAAAUUUCUAUUUUAGAAGAAGAAAAGGCAAAAUUAUAAAAGUAAUUGAAUACUAAAUAGGAUUCUGCUUAAAUGAAUUCACUUAAAUUGAAAAUAUCAGAAUAUGAAACUAAAAUUUUAGAUAUGAGAUAAAAAGAAUUGACAUCAAAAUAAUUGUAAAAGAAAUUAGAAGAUUAAGAAUGUUAAGUAAAAGAACUUAGAACUAAUAUUGAAUAAAUGAAAAAAUAAAAAGUUGAUUUGAUUAAGAAAAUGAAAUAAGAAAAUGAGAAAUAUAUUAAAGAUAAGGAAUAAAAACAUAAAGAAUUAAUUUAUGCUAAGAAAUAGAAAAUAUAAUAAGAUACAUUAGUGAGUAAAUUGAAAAAUGAUAAUACAAAAAAAGAUGUUUAAUUAAAAAGAAAAGAAGAUGAAUUAUAAAAAUAAAAAAAUGAAAAACUUAUUAUUAAAUAACAUAAUAGAUAUAAUCCAAAUAAAUAAUUAUAAUAUGACACAUUUGAAAAAUAAAUUGAUGAUUUAUUUUCAGAAUUAAUACUUGGUGAAUAAGCUGAAGAAUAAAUAACUAAAGAAUAUACUAAAUUAGAAGAAUUAUAAGAAGAAUUAAGAUAAAUUGAGGUUAGGAUCUGUUCAUUAUAAAUUAAAAUUGAUUAAAUAUAAUUUGAUAUGACUUAAAAUAAUACAUCUUAUAGUAUUGAAAAUGUUUAAUAAUUUGAAUUAGAAUUAAAUGAUUUUUAAUAAAAAAGAGAAAAUAUAUCAGAAACAAUUGAAUUUUAAAUUUAAAAAAUUGAUGAUUAUAGAUAGAUAUCAUAAAAAGCAAAUGAUUAUUAUACAAUAGUAUUAACAAAUUAGUACUUCAAAGAUUUACCAAAUUGGUGUACAAGAUCAUUUAGAUAUGUUAUAGAUAAUUGGGUCAAAGAUCAUUAUUCUAUGGCCUUAUAUGCUUAAUAAAUAGAGGAAUUAAAUUAAACAAAUUAAGAACUUAUUAAUGCAAAACCAAGUCCAAUAAAGAAAUCAACUAGAUAAAAUACUCCCAUUGAUGAUUUGAAAAGAUCAAUAAAUGAAUAUAAGAGAAAAUUAUAAGCAUUGUAAAACUAAUAUAGAACAACAAGUAUAGAAUUAGAUUAUUACAAAAAUUUCUAUAGUGAAUAAAUAAAUAAAUAAUAGAAAGAUAAGUCAAUAGGAUUAGGUUUAUAAUUAUAACAUUCAUAAUCAUAUCAUGCAAUUAGAAAUUCAAAUAGUAAAGAAUUUAAAUAAGAAUAAUUACCUUUGGCUUUGACUCAUGUAAAAUCGUUUGGAUAAUUAGGAUCAAGUAUGAGAAUUAGAAAUUCAGUUUCAUAAUAUUGGAUAACAGAAUAAUUAAAUUCAUCGUAAGAAAUCAUCAAUUAUGAGUAAUUAUUAAUAUAAUAUAAGUAUUGUGAAAACUCUUUAAGGACAUGAUUAACCAAUAUUAUCAUUAUAUACAAAAGACAAUAUAUUAUGUUCUGGAUAAUAUAAAUAAUUUAAAGUUUGGGAUAUAGAAUCUCAAUAACUUAUUAGUACAAUAGAUUAAAGUAAUCAUUGUCGAUCCAUAUAUUAUUGGGUUGAUAGGGAUGCUUUUGCUGUUUCACAUGGUUCUCAAAUAUCUUUAUAUGAUCCAUUAACAUUAAUGUGCAAAGGAUUACUUAAGUCUUCAAUAGAAGAAAUUAAAUCUCUCUCUAGUAUUAAUGGAUUAUUGGUUGCAGCUGGAAAGUCAAUUAAUUCUAAUGCUUUAAAUAUUUGGGAUUCCAGAUAAAAUAAGUAUAUAAUAAUAAUAGUAUUUAAGUAUUUUGUAUGAAUUUGAAAAAGGUUCAGAUAUAUUAAGUGUUUAUGGUUCUGAUGAAAAUUCUGAAUUAAUCUAUGGAACUUUAAAACAUUAUACUAAAAGAAUACCCUUUAAUAAAAAUAAAUAUAAUCAAAUUUAAUAGUUAUAACCACCUUAAUUAGAUAAAGUAACAGGAGUUGCUUCUUUUAGUGACUAUAUAGUGAGUUGGUAUAAAUAUAUAUGAAGAUUAAUUAGUUCUUUGAGUAAAAGAAUGUUACUUUGGAAUCAAUAAACAGGUUUAGAAAUGAGUACAAAUGAUAGUAUCCAUAAAGAUUUGAUAACAGCUUUAACAAGUAUAAUUUAUACAUUAUCUUAAGUUGAUAGAAGUUUGAAAUUAAUUUAUACAUCUUCUAAGGAUGGUAAUGUUAGGGCCAUUAAAGUAAAUGAAGAUGGAAAAUUCUAAUUACUUCAUGAAAUUACUGCUUCAAAUGUAAUAAAUUAUUGAAUUUUAGCAAUAAUUAAAUGCUUUACAUGUUAUCUAAGACAAUCAUUUAGUUAUAAGUGGUGGAUAAGAUAAAUUGAUUAAAAUUUGGAAACCAUCAAAAAAUUUAUUACAAAUGUAAAAUGCUAUUGGUGAAUUUAUUGUUGAUGAUUAAAAUUGA